CCGAACGGUUCGAAACAGCUGUUUGCUGUCCGAAGUGUUUUUACCCCCAGUGUGUGGCAUUGUAAAUGCUCGCUUGACAUCAAACGGAAAAUUUUUGAAAAUUCGCGUAUGACAGUGACCGGAAAGGAUGUUUUGCAAACAGUGCGGUGAUACAGGAAAACAUAAACUUUUGCGAUCGAGGAAAUUUAAUUGAAUGAAGGGAACCGUUGUGAGUACCGUCAUGUUGAGGAUACAAUGAGGAAAUUAAGUAAUUGUUGACAUAAUAAACUACGAGCAGGAUAAUGGUUAUGAAAGUACACUGUCCACCUCGUUGGAUUCCUGUUUACGCUCCGACAUAUGAGCUUUGUUUGUGCGAUGCAGGAUAUUGAUGAUUCGAAUGAAAUGCAUGGACGGUCCCAACGUGUGUGUGGCACUGAAUAUUGCAAUUAGGUUAGUGUAAACAGUGAUAGUUUGACUAUGCCAGCAUGUGGAAAGAUAAAUUUGCCAAGUGCGGAGAAAAUUCAUCACUGGUACUGGUGAGAAAGUUUUGCGAUAAACAGCCUACGACGGCCUACUCUACUAACAUCGAUCCGAUUGAAGUUGGAAGCCAAUGGCUCAAGUAACUUAGAUCCCCAACGCCGUACACUUCGGAAUCGUUUGUCUAGAGUACAGCAGGUUGUUGCCACCCUGCUGCGAGUGUACGACGACAGAUGGCCUCUUAAUUACUCUGCCGCAAUCGAACAAACCACCACCACCAGCGCAUCGGCGAUUCCCGUUGGAUCGCUUUGAGUACAUAUGGUAAAUUUCCUCACGAUGACCAACGAUAAAAGUGCCAUCGAAACGACGGCGAUGACGACGACCGCGGCAACAACGACGGCUUCCAUUACGAUUAAUUAUACCGGUCCGUUCACGAGCGUGUACCAGGAGAUUUACGUCAAUCUGCAGAUCGUUAAUGGUGAUCUGCUUAAUUUUAGCGAGCGCCUUGUGGUGGACACCAUCGGGAACGGUUCCACCGUAGGACUGUCGGUAUCGGACGGUUUCACCAGCGUUAACGGCAGCAGCACCGACGAGAGCGCCACCAAGGACUGUCUUUUCCGGAUUUGUCUGUCCUGGGAGAAGUUGCUUCUGUUGGUGAUGUUUUGUACGCUUAUUGUCAUCACCGUGAUCGGGAAUACACUAGUGAUUCUCUCGGUGGCCACCACCAGGCGUCUGAGGACCGUCACCAAUUGCUUCGUGAUGAGUUUGGCCGUGGCCGAUUGGCUGGUUGGAAUAUUCGUUAUGCCCCCGGCGGUAAUUCUGUUUGUCGUGGACAAAUGGCAGCUAGGUUGGAUACUCUGUGAUAUCUGGAUUUCGCUGGACGUCCUUCUGUGUACGGCAUCGAUACUGAGUCUGUGUGCAAUCAGCGUCGACAGAUAUCUGGCGGUCACGCAACCUCUGACGUACUCGAAACGAAGGCGUUCCAAGCGGUUGGCACUGCUAAUGAUCUUCGUUGUCUGGCUGGUGGCACUGGCCAUAACGUGUCCUCCCAUUUUGGGCUGGUACGACCAGGACCGGAAGCGGAACGAGUGUCAGUACAACCAGAACAAAGGUUACGUUGUAUUCUCCGCGAUGGGUUCGUUUUUCAUCCCCAUGAGCGUGAUGCUGUACGUGUACUCCAAGAUUUGCUGUGUUCUUACUUCCCGGCAGCACCGGAUGACUACGACCGAGGCUACGGAAAAAGGGUGCGAUGUGGAAGCCGAUAAUUACACGUCCGAAAUGGAUACCAGCCCGAAACUGGGAGGAUACGUUGUUCGCAGCAAUUCAUCUCCGUACGCCCAAUCCCAUCAGACACUGUACGAAUUUCUGAGCUCGGCCAGAACCACUCCAAACGCCGCCCGGCAGCAGUUGACGGCUGCCAGAACGACGGGCCCCGGUUCAGCACCAGGAGGCACCAGUAGCGGCGCCAAUUUUAAGUAUAGCAACAAUUACGAGAUGCGACCGAUCAACUCGGUGCAGUUCAGUGCCAGCCAGAUAUCACUGGCAGAAUCGAGUGUGUCCAACGUGACCGUCAGCAACACCAACAAAAUCAGGCUAACCGGCAAACGCAUCCCCAUCCGGAUAUCGUCUCUCAAGCGCGAAACCAAAACCGCCCAAACGCUCAGCAUGGUGAUGGGAGGUUUUAUCGCCUGCUGGUUGCCAUUUUUCAUCUAUUAUCUCCUGAUGCCGUUUCUGCCCGAACGGUCCCAGCGCAAGGACCUGAUGGCAUUUUUGACCUGGCUCGGUUGGAUGAACAGUGCCAUCAAUCCGUUCAUCUACGCAUUCUACAAUGUUGACUUUCGAAUCGCGUUCUGGCGGCUAACGUUCAGGAAGUUUUACAAAAAUAAACACAAUCUAGCUUUUUUCAGGUCCUAGAACUAGCAAUUAUGUAUGCACAGAAAGAAAAGAUGAAACUUACACGACGUGUAAACCAAUAGUACUAUUAAACAGACGUCAGUUGAAACGAAAAUCUGAUUUGAAACCAUGAUUGAUGUAAAAUUACAUUGAAAUGCAUUUACUUUUUCAUUGAACAAGGCUGUAUAUAUACAAAUCGCUUAGUUUUGUAAUGUAACUUUCCAUUCAAUUACCUGCUCCAAAUAUGUGCAUGAAAAUAAAUGUAAAUUCACAAAAUAUUUUUAUCUGUGUGGAAAUAUGUUCAUUGCAGCGAGCGAGAUAGAGAGGAGAAUAUUUCAUGGAACCAAAAUGAUGCUGACGACAGACACUGUUCCUUCCGUGCGUAGUCGGAGUUGAGACGACGAUGUUGACAUUCCUGGGAGCGAUGGGCGAAAACUAGAACAGCGUAACGAAGUAUGGAAAUUAAACGCAGUUUCCCCGAGCUACGUAACAAUCGCUUUCCAACGACUAGCGUAAGAUGUGCGAUAAAAAACGAUAGAGCUUGUUGGACCGCCACAAAUUGGGACUUUUUCCGAAACACCUCUCAAAUGAAUACAAAUGAGCUUAACAAACUACAUUUCGAAUACAAGUCGUUUCCGUAACUUCAUGGUUUUCAAAAAAAAAAUAUUCGGAAAUAAGCAAAAUGAAACACUUUAAACACUCCAGAAUUAUUGAUUCAAUUUAUACUCUAGAUAUCAUGUUUAAAUUGAAGUUUGCUUCGACCAUUUCGUUCAUUACGUUUUGACGGACAUGCAUUAAAAUUUAUGUGAGGUUGACUCUAUUCAGUGAUCGAAUCUUCGAAAAGCCACUUUCCAUUCUAAUCAGUAGUCUCUCAAAAAAAAAAAAACAAUAAUUUAGGGCAGUGUAGUUCUUUGAAUCCAGUGAUGUUACCGCAUGCUUGACAAUUGAAAUUUUGAAACGAGUACCGCUUGAAAUCCACAUGUACAGAUGUUUUCCCACGUGGAUUUUGCUUUUUAUAUUUGGCAAUUCAGACAUUCUUCGUGAACUACUUCAGUUAGAAUGUUCGACAAUCUGCAAUUCGGAUUUCAGGGUUUUCUGAUGCGCUGUUAGUUGAAAGAAAGAUGUUCAAAUUUAUAUUUAGUCUGAUUUUGUUAUUUGUUGCUAGGAAAUGCCAGGAAAUCAAAUAAGUAUAGAGCAUAAAACACAU